CCACCAACACAACAACAUCUCCUCCGUUCUCCUAGCUCCAGCAACAAACAGGACACAACACCUUCUCCUCCUCAUUCUUCUACCAUAGCUAGCUAGCUAGCUUCACAUCAGCAGCUACAUACUCACCGAUAGAUACAGACCUCAGAGCAUCACACUACAGAGUACAGACCUAGCUCAGAGCACACAUCCAGCCAUGGGGCUCCUCCCUACCGACCGCAUGGAUAGCCUCUUCUCCCCGCGCUGCGUGUGGGUGACCGGGCCCAUCAUUGUGGGCGCGGGGCCGUCGGGGCUAGCCGUGGCGGCGUGCCUGCGGGAGCAGGGCGUGCCGUUCGUCGUCCUGGAGCGCGCCGACUGUAUCGCCUCGCUGUGGCAACGGCGCACGUACAACCGCCUCAAGCUGCACCUACCCAAGCAGUUCUGCCAGCUCCCGCGCAUGCCGUUCCCGGAAGACUACCCGGAGUACCCGACCCGCCGCCAGUUCGUCGACUACCUCGAGCGCUACGCCGCCGAGUUCGAGAUCAAGCCGGAGUUCGGCACCACCGUGCUGUCGGCGCGCUACGACGAGACGUCGGGCCUCUGGCGCGUCGUCACCAACGGCGGAGCCGGCGGCGACAUGGAGUACAUCGGGCGCUGGCUCGUGGUCGCCACGGGCGAGAACGCGGAGGCCGUGGUGCCCGACAUCCCGGGCCUCGCCGGCUUCGACGGCGAGGUGACCCACGUGAGCGAGUACAAGUCCGGCGAGGCCUACGCCGGCAAGCGCGUGCUGGUGGUCGGCUGCGGCAACUCCGGGAUGGAGGUGUCGCUGGACCUGGCCGAGCACGGCGCGCGCCCGGCCAUGGUGGUGCGCGACGCCGUCCACGUCCUCCCGCGCGAGGUGCUGGGCACGUCCACCUUCGGGCUCGCCGUGCUGCUCAUGCGCUGGCUCCCGCUCUGGCUCGUCGACUGGCUCAUGGUGCUCCUGGCGUGGCUCGUCCUCGGCAACCUCGCCAGGCUCGGCCUCCGCCGCCCCGCCGCCGGCCCGCUCCAGCUCAAGGAGACGCACGGCCGCACACCAGUCCUCGACUACGGCGCGCUCGCGCGCAUCCGCGCCGGCGACAUCACCGUCGUCCCUGCGGUGACACGGUUCGCCGGCAAGGGCGGACAGGUUGAGGUCGCCGACGGCCGCACGCUCGGCUUCGACGCCGUCAUCCUCGCCACCGGAUAUCGCAGCAACGUGCCGCAGUGGCUCCAGGGCAACGAUUUCUUCAACAAGGACGGGUACCCCAAGACGGCGUUCCCGCACGGGUGGAAGGGCGAGAGUGGGCUGUACGCCGUGGGCUUCACCCGGCGCGGCCUCUCCGGCGCCUCCGCCGACGCCGUGCGCAUCGCCAAGGACCUCGGGAACGUCUGGAGGGAGGAGACCAAGCCCACCAAGAGGGCCGGCGCCUGCCACAGGCGCUGCAUCUCGGUCGUCUUCUAAUCCGAUCGGCCACACCUGGGAGCAUGCAUGACGAUGAUUGAAGCUAACUUUUCUGAAGCGCACACACAGCUGACAGACAGUUGUUCGUUGAUGGUGUUUUAGUUAGUCUCACAGCACGUCCAAUCCCCUUGGUUUGUUGUUGAUUUGUUCUUUGAGAUCGAGGUACAUCAGUAGUGAGUAAUAUACGGGUAAAAACAGUGAGAGUGAGUUGAGUAAAAGAAAAGAAAAGAAUGGAGCCCUCCCAUCAGUAGGGGAAGUGAGUGAGCCCUAGCCUAGGGGAUUUUUACUGCAGCUAUGGCCGCUAGCUUGCUGUAUAGUAGCAACCUGUUGAUGGAGGAAGAGGCUCUCUCUUUAUGUUUUAUUUAUGUUUCGUCGACCUAGCAGCUAGCUAGCUAGCAUGUUCAUUUCUUUCUUCUGUUGAAUGUAUAUGGCUACUGUUAAUUAGUAGUGUAAUUUGAAAGUCCAUCGUUUCGUUC